CGGUCGUCGGUGCCGCUGGAGACCCGGUUCUGAUCUAAUUGAGGCCAAACGUGUCUGUGUUUUUGCAAAAACAGGACGGGCAUCCACCAUGGGCGAUGAAGACUGGGAGGCGGAAAUCAUCACACCGCACCUGUCCUCCUACGUUCCCGUGUUCGAGAAGGAUAGGUAUUCUUCUGGAGCAAAUGGAGACACUUUCAGCAGGACUCCGGUUCCAUCGUCAGAAAUGGAUGAUGGACCUUCUCGAAGAGAUCAUUUCCUGAGGAGCGGAUUUGCCUCUGGGAGGAGUUUGGGAAACAGAGAUGCUGGCGAGUCUCAUAAAAGGGAGAGUACCUCCACUCUUGGUGGCUUUGGCGUUGGAAAAGGUUUUGGAAACAGAGGUUUUUCCAGUAACAAGCUUGAAGAAGGCGACAGCUCUGGUUUCUGGAGAGAGUCCAACAAUUACGGUGAAGAGAGUCAGACGCGGAGCAGAGGGUUCUCCAGGAGAGGAGGCUAUCAGGAUGGAAAUGAUUCGGAAACUUCAACGCCAUCCAGAAGAGGUGGAAGAGGUGGCUUCCGGGGCUGCCGUGGAGGAUUUGGCCUGGGAAGUCCAAACAGCGAAUGUGAGCAAGAUGAGGGGACACCACGCACUGGCGGCCUUUUUGGAUCUAGGAGACCUUCAUUGAGUGGCCCAGGCAAUGGGGACAUUUACCACAGCAGGACUGGGAGUGGACGAGGUGGUUACAAAGGGCUAAAUGAGGAAGUCAUAACAGGCUCUGGGAAGAAUUCCUGGAAGUCAGGAACUGAAGGAGCAGAAGGUGAUGACGCUCAAGGACCAAAAGUGACCUACGUACCCCCUGCCCCACCCGAGGACGAGGACUCCAUCUUCGCACAUUAUCAGACAGGCAUCAACUUUGACAAGUACGAUAGUAUUCUCGUGGAAGUGUCUGGACACGAUGUUCCACCAGCAAUUCUGACAUUUGAAGAAGCUAAUCUCUGUCCAACACUGAAUAACAACAUUGCUAAAGCUGGUUAUACUAAGCUCACUCCUGUGCAGAAAUACAGCAUUCCUAUCAUACUCGCAGGACGCGAUCUAAUGGCCUGUGCGCAGACAGGCUCGGGAAAAACCGCAGCUUUCCUCCUGCCGAUCCUGGCACACAUGAUGCGUGACGGCGUGACUGCCAGUCGUUUCCGAGAGCUGCAGGAGCCCGAGUGCAUUAUCGUGGCCCCCACUCGAGAACUGAUCAACCAGAUCUACCUGGAAGCCAGGAAGUUUUCUUUUGGAACUUGUGUAAGAGCUGUUGUCAUAUAUGGGGGAACCCAGUUUGGGCAUUCAGUUCGACAGAUCAUCCAGGGCUGCAAUGUCUUAUGUGCUACUCCUGGGAGACUGAUGGAUAUCAUAGGUAAAGAAAAGAUUGGUCUUAGACAGGUCAGAUACCUAGUUCUGGAUGAAGCUGACCGCAUGCUGGAUAUGGGCUUCGGACCAGAAAUGAAGAAGUUGAUUUCCUGCCCAGGAAUGCCGUCAAAGGAGCAGCGCCAGACCCUCAUGUUCAGUGCCACCUUCCCAGAGGAAAUUCAGAGGUUGGCUGGGGAGUUUUUGAAGUCGAACUACUUGUUUGUAGCUGUGGGGCAAGUGGGCGGAGCGUGCACGGACGUCCAGCAGGCGGUCCUCCAGGUGGGCCAGUACUCCAAGAGAGAGAAGCUGGUCGAGAUCCUGCGCAACAUAGGUGAUGAAAGAACUAUGGUCUUUGUUGAAACUAAGAAAAAAGCAGAUUUUAUUGCCACUUUUCUCUGUCAAGAAAAUAUAUCAACAACAAGUAUUCAUGGUGACCGGGAGCAGAGGGAGAGGGAGCAGGCCCUGGGAGACUUCCGCUGUGGGAAAUGCCCAGUGCUUGUCGCUACUUCAGUGGCCGCCAGGGGGCUGGACAUCGAAAACGUUCAGCAUGUGAUCAAUUUCGACCUUCCCUCCACCAUCGAUGAGUAUGUUCACCGCAUCGGGCGUACCGGGCGCUGUGGGAACACAGGCCGAGCCGUCUCCUUCUUUGACCCCGAGUCAGACAGGCAUCUGGCUCAGCCUCUGGUGAAAGUCCUGUCAGACGCUCAGCAGGAUGUCCCUGCAUGGCUGGAGGAGAUUGCCUUCAGCACCUACGUUCCUGGCUUCAGUGGGAGCUCCAGAGACAAUGUGUUCGCGUCGGUGGACACCAGAAAGAAUUUCCAUGGCAAGAGCACUUUGAACACAACAGGGUUUUCUUCCUCACAAGUUCCUAAUCCAGCAGAUGACGAGUCAUGGGAUUAAAGCUACAACAGCCUUCAAAUUUGUGGUAUAGUUUCGAUGGAGAGGAAGCAGUUUUGAUUUUGAGUUUUUAGCGGAAAUUUUAAACCCAACACUCGUAUCUCCUGUGGUUCUGUUCUUACUCCCACCCUUAAAAUCCUCACUGACUAGUUACAUGAGAUGCUGAAGCUAUAUAAUGUUGCAGCUGCCGAUACAAAAGGUGUUGACUGGAAAGAUUAAAG